UCUCUCCGUGACUAAAAAAAAAUGUAAAUGCUAAAAAAAACGUUAAAAUAGUGAAAUAAUUUUUUUGUACUACGCAAAUUUACCUGUUAAACUCGCAAGACCGCUACGAAAUGCCUUACAUACAUACACGUAUAUCAACUGUAUAGUGCUCGUGGCUCAAGCAUAGAGUCGUCUUCUUAGCUGUUCUAUAACAAUGCCUUCUGCCUCUCGCACAUCCUCCGCCACCAAGCCACUACUUACGGCCGACUGCUGACCAGCCUACCGAUCCAACAGACAGUCGCUACUACGAACGCGCGCUGUUCAAACGGCGAGCUUUUUUAAUGUCUUCGCUUAUACUGACCUACGCAUUUGCCGCCGCGCGCUCGCCUCUUUCGUGUCCAUCGUGUGCAUUGUUAGCUAUCAAAGUGCGCAUGAAUGCCAUCAAUUAAAAAGCGCUAUUCACAAUCGCCGCUGGCCCUCAACGUCGCGCUGUCGUCGCGUACAAGUGCAGCCGCAAUGAAUGUUGUGUUUAGAAAGUGAACGGAAGAGAGGCGUAGAUAACAGCUUAAAAUUCAAAAUCAAAUUCACCUUCACAACGUGCGCUGUAAGAAAUUUAUAUAUGAAUCUUCUUGUUGUUGUAAAUAUAUCAAUUAAAAGUGCUUAAAUUGAGUGUGUGUGUGUGUGUUCUUUUCGUCAUUUGCUUUCCUGUUUUCGCCAUUACUGCGUAAAAAUGCAUACACGCAUACGUGCACCUUCUUUGCCGCACCUCUGCUCUACGCAUACGCCACCCUCCAGCCCGUGCACACCGCCCAUCUACGGCAGUGUGGGCAAUUUUGCCAACUUCGGCAACUCUGCUGCUGCAUCGUCGGCGUUGCAUUCGGCGUUCUCGGUGUCGUCGCUCUCGCUAUCGCCUAAAUUCCCAGCGAAUUAUGUCAGAAGCGAAAAGAUAAAGCUCAAAAAAGUGCUCGGCCUCACAGUAUGCAGCAAUGCCGCCUUGGAUGUUUCACCGGUUAGCGGUCUCUUGGCCUAUCCAGCUGGCUGCACUGUGGUCCUCUUCAAUGCCAAACGUCAAACACAAGCCUAUCUGGUCAACACCUCCCGCAAGCCUUUCACAUCGGUCGCAUUCUCACGUUGCGGCCGUUAUGUCGCCACCGGCGAGUGUGGUAUCAAUCCCGCCAUUAAAGUCUGGGAGCUAGACUCGCCGAAUGGCAAUCUCGAGCACACCACCGGCGGCAAUGUGGUGGCGGAAUUUUUCGAUCACAAAUAUGCUGUCACAUGUGUGGCCUUCUCACCCACCGGCAAGUACCUGGUAUCCAUUGGUUCACAACACGAUAUGAUUGUGAAUGUCUUCGAUUGGAAGUCGAAUCAAAAGAUGGCCUCGAAUAAGAUCAGCUCCAAGGUAUCGGCGUUAAGCUUCGCCGAGGAUGGCAGCUACUUUGUCACAGUUGGCAAUCGUCAUGUCAAAUAUUGGUAUAUGGAGGGUGGCCGCAGGUACAAGGAUCCCAUACCGUUAAUGGGUCGCAGUGCCAUAUUGGGUGAUUUGCGCGAUAAUGAUUUUUGUGCGGUUGCCUGCGGCAAGGAUGAAACUAAAGAUCGCACAUAUGCCAUUACCCGUCAAGGUCACUUGGUUGAAUUCAGUUCACGUCGUCUACUAGACAAAUGGGUGCAAUGUCGUACGACUAGCGCUAAUUGUUUAACUGUGAAUGCACGUUUUAUACUCGUCGGUUGUGCCGAAGCCAUUAUACGCAUUUUUAAUGCCGCCACAUUGGAAUAUGUCACGACAUUACCGCGUACACAUUACUUGGGCGUCGAUGUGGCGCAAGGUAUACAUAUCAAUCACAUAAUGACCGUACCACCGCAUGCCAAGUAUCCCGAUUGUGUGGCGAUGGUUUAUGAUGAGCAGAGGUCAAAGGUCAGUUGCGUUUACAACGAUCAUUCGCUCUACAUUUGGGACAUGCGGGAUAUUAAGCGUGUUGGCAAAUCGCACUCCUUCCUCUAUCAUUCCACCUGCAUUUGGGGCGUGGAAACUGUGCCAUACAAUAUGGAGCGCGAGCUGUCGGACACACUGCCCGAAGACUCGUUUGUCACAUGCUCCUCCGAUGACACCAUACGCGUGUGGGGUCUGGAUGGUUGUACAAAUACAGAAAACUAUCGCAAAAAUAUCUACUCCAAGGAACUUUUAAAGAUUAUGUACAUCGAUGAGGAAAUGAAUUUUAUCAAAGAUCAAGAUUUGGCUGGUGAUAAAAACUCAAAUACUGCGUACGAUGGACGUAAUGGUGUGCGUUGCAUUAAAAUUAGUCCGGAGCUGCAGCAUUUGGCGAGUGGCGAUCGUUGUGGUAAUAUACGAAUCUAUAACUUGGCGAACACAAAACUUAUCAUGACAAUCGAGGCACACGAGUCGGAGGUGUUGUGUCUUGAGUAUUCUAAUGAGAAGAUUGAACGUAAACUGUUAGCGAGUGCCAGUCGGGAUCGGCUUAUACACGUCUUCGAUGUGUCACAAGACUAUUUGCUGCUGCAGACGUUGGACGAUCACUCGUCGUCCAUAACUUCGAUAAGAUUUGUUGGCUCCGGCUUGAGCUUCCAGAUGAUUUCGUGUGGUGCAGAUAAGUCAAUUAUGUUUAGAACAUUCCAGGGCAACAUUUUCUUGCGCGGCACAAAUACCUCGGGCAAGACGACGUUGUACGACAUGGAGGUCGAUUCCAACGCCAAACACAUACUCACCGCCUGUCAGGAUCGUAAUAUACGCGUCUAUGGCACACAAAAUGCCAAACAUACAAAAACCUUUAAGGGUUCACACUCGGACGAGGGUAGUUUGAUUAAGCUCAGCCUCGAUCCCAGUGGCAUUUAUGUGGCCACCUCCUGCACAGACAAAACGCUCGCCGUCUAUGACUACUACUCGAACGAGUGCAUGGCGCGCAUGUAUGGCCACAGUGAGCUGGUAACCGGGCUCAAAUUCACAAACGAUUGUCGUCAUCUCAUAUCGGCCAGCGGUGAUGGUUGUAUAUUUGUGUGGCAAGUGCCGCACGAUAUGAUUGUCACAAUGCAAGCACGCCUCUCACAACAACGACUACGUUCCGGCCAUGCGCCAUUACCAACCCGGCCUGGUUCGAUUAUAGCAACGCCUGAGGGCAUCAUUAUCGAAUCACCCACACAUGAAGUGGAAGAAGCCGCUGCGACACCACAAAAGUAUAUUGCCUCGCCAUCAAUGUUCGCGGAUGAGCAAGCGCUGACGCCCGGCUAUAAAUUCUCCGAUGUGGGACAAUUACCGCAAUGGGCGAAACGCAAAGCAGGCGCUACAAAUGCAGAUGAGUCGAGUGCGGGCGGUGGGGGUGGUGGUGGUGUGGUCAUACCUGGCUCCACUGUCUCUGCUAUGCAAUCUGCCUCGUCGACAUCCAAUUUAAGCUCAUCGCCCAGUCAGUUGGGCGUGCCGCGUGCGCGUGGUCGUUGGGCACAACGUGGCGCCUUCGAUCCUGAUGAUCUACGCUCGAACUCUGAAAGUCCCUUGGGCACCAUUUCGUCCAGUGGUGGCGUCGGUAUGGGUGGUAUGAGUGGUGUUGGCGGUGGUGUGGGUGUUACUGUGACUCACAGUGGCAUGGGUAAUACGCAAACAUCGGACUACAAUAGCGCUUCCUCCAAGGAUAUUAUGUACAACCAGACUUACCUCAGUGAAGAUUCGUCCAUUGAUUCUGGCAUGGAGACACGACGUGAAUUGAAAUUCAUUGGCAGCAAUAAUAGUGGUACUGUGCCAACGGUGGCUGGCAGCAAUGGUGGCACCACAGCUAAUCGACUAGCUCCUGAAAAGCGCAACAAGCCUGGUUUGCGAUUCGAUCCACAGUCCAAUGAGCACGAUGGUGACGUCGAAGAUAUCUCAGACGGUGAACGCACCAGCUCCGAUCACGGCAUGUUUUACAACAACAUAUCACCCAGCACGCCAACUGACUUCAAAGUGACCGCCAUGAACGAGGACGAACUGCGUAAAUCGAUGCGUCGCCAAAAAUUCGAUAAAGCUGGUCUCACGCUACCCGGUAAUGGCAGCACACACACCGCCAGCACUGGCACAGGCACCGGCACCUCGGACACCGAAGACGAAGGCUCUACACCGAGCGCUGAGAAUGCCGAGCGUUCGCUCGCAUCCACCUUGGGCGGCAGUUCGGAGAGUAUACCACAGGCUACAAGCACUUUCUUGCAGGCUGCUCUACCUGAAGGUCCUGGCAGCAUGCUAGAGCGUGGCAGCACCAAUCGUCGCAGUAUUAGUGCCAAACAUAAUACGGAGAAUGGUAAACCUGCAUCAGCUGCACCCACAAUUACCAAAUCCUUCACCAGCACGAAGAAAGAUGAGCUGCUCAAGGUGAUUAGCGAAGUCAAACAGCAAUUGGAAAAUGGCGCACGUAAAAAUGGAGUUAAGAGGUUGAAUGCAAUACCGGAGGUUGGAUAUCGAUCACUUCGCGGCAGUCAUAGCAUCUCGGAUUUGAGUUUGGCGGGCAAUAUGGAUAAUGCGUCGAGAUCGACAGCCGCAGUUAACCGUUAUGCAAAAACGGCUCCUCUUAAUGAAUCCCAACAGUACGCUAGCUAUUAUCAUACACCAUUAACCCAACAACAGCAAGAACAACAAUUGCCAAUACAACAGCAACAGCAACAACUUCAACCAUAUUCAAAUUAUCCACGUUCGCCGCUUCAGCAAACCUUUAGCCAGGAUCAACAACAGCAACAGCAACAUUUCUUCAACUGCGCUGCAUCACGUUCGGUUAUGCAACAAAGUUGUCAGGCCAUGCGUCAAGUGCAACAACACUAUCCACCUUAUCCACAUCAUGUAGGCGUCCACCAAAUACAUCCACCACCGGGUGUACCCUUUAUGGCACCCAAUUCACGCUCCGCCACGCCACGUACCCAAACACAGACGUCCACACAGCACACUGUCAAGCAGUCAGGCGCUUUCAGCAGCUCCACAUUGCCAGCACAAGGUCAAAACUCGCGCGUCAAACGUAAUCCGGCGGGUAAUGCGCGGCGCACGCCAAGCAUACUGAAACAUUACAAGUCCUGUCCGGUAUCGCCAGUGCAUGAAGAGGUUGAAUGGUCGGCGGAUAAUAGAAAUAGUAUAAUAAUUACCGAACCGAAGCGACACUCAGUGUACGCUGAGGAUGCACGCACGAUACUCGAUAUGAUACAAGCCGACACUGAGAAGAUGAUCGCUGAGAUACAAAAGAAGUAUGGCGAUUUGGACGAUAUCGGCGUGGAUUUGUAUGAUGCCAAAUUGGGCGGACGCUAUUCACAACUUGUGGUAUCGCAAUCGGUGCCGUCGUGUCUUUCGCCGCCAGUGUAUGCAACGCAGGGCAGGCAACUACCUGCCGCACUUACUGCCGGUCCACACCUAGUACAGACGUUACCCUACCAAAUGACCUCGCCGGGCGCUGUAACGCCGCCGAAACGCGCGGUCUCCGAAUACUACAUUUAUCAGGAAUUCUACCAGUGCCAUCGCAAUGUCUCACUCUCAGAUAUAUUGGCGCCAGAGCAGCAGGCGGAGACACGACGUUUGGAAGAAGCGCGCUUCCUUGAGACACAGCGUCAUUCAAGUGCCAGUUUCUUCCUAACCUCACAAUUUGGCGAGCGCAAGAGUCAAGAGUCCCUACUGUCCGAUGAGUUUCUGGAUGAUGGCAGCUAUUGCAAUAGUAUGGAGAGUGUGUUGUCAGACGAGAGCGACUGCAAAAGCGCACCCAUGGAAACACAAGUGCAACGUCAUGCUGGCAUACGCAAUUUCAUCUUACAUGGACCCGUAAGCGCCGCGGCGGCCAAUACGACACAGUUGGUGACCAAGUCUUAUGGCUCUAGUCCGAAUGCAUACGGCAGUUUCGAUUACUACAUGCAGCAACGUAAUUUGCAGCACUCACCAUUGCCAUAUGAGAGUUUCGACAUGUCCAGCUAUAAUUUAGACAAUUUUAAAACGGAGAACGCACGCACAAAAACGCCACUACAGCAAAAGAAGCUGCCCAGCUCGAAAACAUAUCCCCGAAUUGCCGAUUCGCCUCGGCCGGGUGUUGGCGCGAAAGUGGAAGACAUACCAACGCUGAGCUCCAAGAAUAAACAAUACAAUUCGGGCGUUAACAAGAGCUUAAGUCAGGAUUUCGCACAACAACGUCUACAGCGCACCACAAACCCAAUGCAGCUGGAGCGCAUUGCGUACGAAGAUAAACUUUUCGCGAAGAAAGCUGUAAAGCCCAAACCGCCUGUACCCGCAAAGCCACAAAAUCUCGUCUCGACGCUUACCUCCAGCGUUGAAACAUCGUACGCCAGCAGUACGCCACGUGAUACAACGCCGAAGUACUGCGCCUUCGAUGUAGACACCACUGAUGUGCGUUGUCAGUCUCGCACCGCUAGUGUUGUGCGCAAAUUCGAGCGUAAUCUACAAAAAUUCGAGCGUGAAAAGCAAGCGGAGCUUCAGGCUAAGAAGGCGAGCGGCAUGCGUUCAUCUGUGAGUAGCGGUGCCCUUACCACGCACAGCUGCUUAAAGAAGGUGUCCAAGUUCGAUACCAACAGCAAGAAUAUGCCUGCCAAUCGACGCGCCACCAGCAUGCGCACACGCGGCCGUCCCAAAGUGGCGGUUCGUUUCAAUACGGUGUCGCAAAUCAAAUAUACCCCUAGCGAGAAGCGUUCGUCUUCCUGCAGCAGCGGCAGUACUGCAUCCGCUUAUUCCGCCUACGCUACAGUUGAGUGCGAUGAUGGCACGACCACGAUUUGUCCACUAAAUGACAUCAAUCGCAAUACUGAAUCGCCGCCGCCUGUGGUGGGUAGCCUGCCUAGCGAUUAUGGCGGUGAGCGUUCCUUCGAAAUGUACAUCGCCGAGAAUGGCAACGAGCAUGAGAAUAUGAAUAUGGACAGCUUAAAGCUGUACACAAAGCCCGAACUCCAGGCUGUGGUCGAUGAGAUACAGCAAGAGCGUGAACGGGACGCGAAGCAUAAGAAGAAUAUGACGAAUGUGGAGAGAACAACCGCCGCGGAUACAACCACCAGCAAUCAAUGUAAAAAUAUUGCUAAGAAAAUCGAUAUCAUACAAAAAUUAAUCGAAAUGGAAGAACGUAAGCUCGAGCAAAUACGCAUAGCCACCGAAUCGCGCAUGCGUCCCUUCGAAUGCAACUCCAAGCAAAAAGGUUAUGUGAAGAGUUUGACAAUGAAUUUCGAUAUGCUGGCCAAGGGUAUUGAAAAGGACAUUGAGAAUGAGCAGCGUCGCAUACGCGCCGAUAGUAAUGAUGCUGAUUUGUGCGCCUAUGCGCGUCACAUAAAACGUAACAUCAGCUUACCUGAUGUGCUGGAACGUACCGAUCUCUUUGGAAAAUCACCACCGGCUACGCAUUGCUCUUCCACGGAUGAGGAUGAAGUUGAGCUGGCCAAGGAGGUGAAGGCCGACUCGGAUGUGGAGGCUGCAGAAGAUGUGGUCGAACAUGAAAGUGAGAAAAUGCGUUUGGAUUGCGGUGAAAAGGACCGAGGAAAUCCAAAAAGUCUAUUACCCAUGCCCAUCGAAGACUCAUCAAUGCGUCGUUCUUGUUCGCUCAGUGACCUGCAUAUGGGAAAUAUGGGUAAUGCGGGUAAAGCUGGCAAGAUAAAUGGUAGUCAAUCAAAGAAUCCCGGCAUAGUUUAUCGUAACAGCACAACGACGAGAUCAGCAAAUAAGCGAAAUAGCCUGCAACUGAAAAGCACUAGUGGAUUGGGUGCAUCUAGUUCAUCCAUUGGUGUAUUAAAUCAAGCGAGCGAUUCUGAAAAUGAGGAUAACAAUCGCAGUCGAAGCAGUGGAAAUGGUCAAAAUCGUACUAAUGGUCCGACUGCAACCAACCGUCAAUAUGCCAAUAAGAAUUCUAAUACAAAUAACAAUCGACGAAAGGUACAACAACCAAAUUUCAGCAAUGCCGCACCGCUACAAGACGAUUCCAGUUCGGAAGAAACUCCUGCCGGUACGUCGAAUUCCAAACCAAUAGUGCCACCACGCCCGCGUAAUUUAACUUUUGAUCAUAAGGCGAAAGUACUGAAUAGUCCGAAUGUGAUGAAGCAACGUGGCGUAUUUGAGGCGCCUGAAUUUGGCGCACUAGAUGGCAGUGAUCCAAAAUCACAAGUGCACAAUGUAAUUAAUAAUUUAUAUACAACAACACAAACUGUCAUGCAAUUGCAUGCGAAUUUAAAGAAUUGUGAAGAUUCACUGAUGUUAAAGGAACUGGAGAAUGCUGUGAUCAUGACACAAAACAUGCUGACAAACAUUACACAAAAUAAAAAUGACAAAAACCACACACAACAUAGUCACGCCUACACAACCACUGAACAGGCGAAUCUCGACAAUGGCGACUAUCUAAUGAUGGUCAAUAAUUGCGCCGAUUUAUUGAGUAAUUUUCGUAUGAAGCACAAACUUGAUGACUGUGAGAAUAACUCCUAGUGCAGUAGCGGUAAUAAUAGCAGCACUAGUAGGUAGUUAGAAGAAGUAGAAGAAGUAAAGGUGAAAAUAGCUUAUGAAUAAUAAAAUGUAAAGCAAGCAAAGAAACAAAGAAACAAACAAAAACAAUUGAAACUAAAGUAGAAACGAGGAAACUAUGUAAAAGGCAACUAAUAAACUAAUUUGUAAAAUAAAGCAAAACGAAAAGUGGUAGAAAAAAAGUUUAUAAAGAAAAUCGGGCGGAAAAUGUGUCAACUCUAUUUUUAAGGAGCGCAACAAAUAUGCAAAAAUAAUAAUUAUAAUAAAGUAAUAAUAAUUAUCAGAAUGCUAAUAACUAAUACCAUUAAUAAAGUUAAUUAUAUUUAAAAAAUUAAAAUUAGAAACUUUUAGCGUUUACGUCCAUUUAGCGCUUAUAGGCGUGUAACUAAAUUCCACUUGAACUUAAGCAAAAAAAAACUAAAAACUAAUAAUAAUAUUAUUAUACAAAUGCAAAUUAACUGGACACAAAUAAUUAAUAUUUAACAACAAUAACAUUUAAUAUUAUAUUAUAAGUAAAAAGCAUUGACAAAAACAAAGCAGGAAAACUUAAUUUAAGUCACAGAAAAGCGUAACGUUGGAAAAUUGUAAACUGUUGUAGAAAUGUUUUGGACCAAACGUAAGUUAACUAAAUGUAAUUUAAUAUUAAUUUGCUUUAUAUGUGUACAAACACAAACACACACACUUACAAACAUACAAGCAUACGCGAAUUCGCUAUGUGCAUAUGAACACUUUUUUUUAUAUGAUAAAUAAAUAAAAAAAUAACUUGACUAAAUUUAGUCGAUGAAAGGAAAAAUAGCUGUUAUAUGCCGCCUUAUUUAAUGAAAAAUACACACAUACAUAUAUACUUGCACACAACUACAGAUAA